CUGUAGCAGAGAGAGGGAGAGGGAGAGCUCGCUCUUCGAAGACAGUACGGAAAAACUCUCUCUCUACGCAUUUGAUCUCUCCUUCAAAAAAGAGAAUAAAAAAAAGAAAAAGAGGAGAGAGACGAGAGAGAUUGUAAUUUCAUUACUCUAUUUUAUUUCGAAAAGAGAAAAAGAAAGAAAAAACAAAAGAAAAUGGGCAUCGCGUCUCAAGAUGCAAUCAAGCAGUUCAAAGCUUCAAUAGAUGAAAUUGAUGAGCAGUUGAAGAACACGUUCGAGGUGGGUGGACAAGGACCAGUAUCUGAUUAUAAUAGGGACAUAUGGUGCAAUGUGAUCAAUGGAAUGCACUCCCCUCCAAACUUUACGAGUUUUGGCAGGCCAAGAAUUCAUGUGCAUCAAGGAUAUCCAAUUGAAACUUUGGUGCGGUUUCUCAAGGCGAGAGAGUGGAAUGUUGCCAAAGCACAUAAAAUGUUGGUGGAUUGUUUAAAUUGGCGGAUACAUAAUGGGAUUGACAAUGUAUUGGCGAAACCUAUAAUUCCUGCUGAUUUAAACAGAGCAAUACGUGAUUCUCAGCUUAUUGGACUGUCUGGAUACACAAAAGAGGGCCUUCCUGUCUUUGCUAUUGGUGUUGGACUCAGUACAUUUGACAAAGCAUCUGUCCACUACUACGUGCAGUCACACAUCCAACUUAAUGAAUAUCGAGAUCGUGUAGUUUUGCCUUCUGCAACGAAGAAGCGAGGGCAAUAUAUUGGUAACUGCUUGAAGGUUUUGGAUAUGACUGGUCUAAAGCUUUCGGCGCUGAGCCAAAUAAAGCUAGUAACCAUUAUAUCUACCAUCGACGAUCUUAACUAUCCAGAGAAGACAGACACAUACUAUAUUGUUAAUGCUCCAUAUAUUUUUUCAGCAUGUUGGAAGGUUGUGAAGCCUCUUUUGCAAGAGAGAACGAGAAGGAAAGUGCAGGUGCUUCAAGGUUGCGGCAGGGAUGAGUUGCUGAAGGUUAUGGACUAUGCCUCCCUCCCUCAUUUCUGUAGAAGAGAAGGAUCGGGGUCAUCCAGGCAUUCGUCGGGUGGGCCAGAUGACUGCUUUUCCUUCGACCAUGCCUUCCACCAGCAACUCUACAACUACAUCAAGCAGCAAUCAUUGAGACUGGAAUCCAUGGAGCUCAUCAAAGAAGGUUCCUUACAUGUGGAUGUGCCUGACCCAGAGCCUGAAGGAUCUGUGAUUGUUCAAACCAUAGAAUCCCAGCUCCACAUGCUCGGCGACCGAAAUGGUCUCUCUAAUUCGCUAAAUGGCAUGAAAAUCAACGGCAUAUGAGACACGAUGCAGAAGCAUCUGCAAUUGAUAUGAAAACGGGCCCAAAGACAGUCGAUGGCCUAUCAACUCCAUGCGAGCUGUCCGAUGUUUGGGCACCCAAUCGUAUCUAUUAGGUGUAACAGUAAUUACCCGCAAUUCCUCGCUGCGGGUUUUGUAGGUAUAAGAAGCUAAUUAGAUAUGAUAUGUGACUUGAAAUUUAGUGACAUUGCUGUCUUCAGGCAGAGAAUGUUUUAUAUUAGCAUUGAAAGAGAUGAGUUCUGCAUUCUGGAAUUGUGUUGGGAGCAAAUGAAGAAGAAAUGUUUAGUGUUGGAUGGUA